UUUCUAAUUUUCCAUAUACUAAGCUAUUUAUACAUGUAUAAAAUAAUCAAAAUCUGUUUUUGCAAGACAAGGUGCAACUUACUAUAAACUGAAACAGCCAAGAAACCAAUAAACUCUUAAUAAACAGCUAAAUUAAAACUUGGGAAACGUAUUCAAAAACCUUAAAAAUGAAUAUUGAGAGACAGGAACUCUAAAAUGCAAACAAACAAUGAAAAUGACUUAUAUUUAGUCAAUCAUUUUCUAUCUUAAUGAAAAUAAAAAACAACAAACAAACAGAAAUGAAUUGAACCAACAUUAGCUUAGUAGCUACAUCAUUAUGUAACAUAGAGCAAAGACAGUCAGUGUCUUUAAUUGUGGCUACAUUGCAUUGUAUGUUUUGCUUCAAGAAAGUAUCGAUACUAAACAACUGGUAACCACUAGGUUUAACUGUCAACCAGCAGUUCUGAAUAUUUAAUAUCCUUAGCUUGUGAGUGAAUAACUGCUUAGUUGCUAUGGUAAUCUAUGACAUUCAUGUAACCUCAGAAUCUUAAUUAACAGCUGCUAAGCUGAACUGGAUUUUAAUGUUUUUAGGGUAUAACUUUGCCAUGACUCAAAUCAUUUGAACUACUUGUCUAUUCAGAUCUACUUGAUGUACAUGUACUUCAAUCAAAAACAAUAUUUCUAGAACCAAGCUUAGUGCUUUUCCCUCAUAGACACCUGCCAUAAAUACCAGCAAUACAACUUAGUAUUUUUAACUUUUUUGAAGCCAACUUUCUAUUUAAUAUUCUAUAAUGUUUGGCUGUAUGGGAAAAAGAUCGUCUAGGUAUUAUUACUAUAGACGGUAUUCAUGUCAAGUGGACAAUGACUUUGAAAAGGAAGUUGCACGAUUCAAUGAGAUGGAAAAUGCAACCAAGAAAAUGUACAAAGUGAUGAAGAAGUAUGGAGAAUCAAUGACUGCAUUAGGUAAAGCUGAGCAGAAGAUCUUUCAGGAUUUAAACAGUAAUCCAGUCACCCAAUCCAAUGCAAUAAAAGAAUCUAUGGAGGAAUGUGGGAGAGCUACAGUGACACUUGAUGAGUUAAGACAAAUACUAGUUUUGCAGACCCAAAAAACAGUAGUUGAGCCAAUGAAAAGAUUUUAUCAUGUGUUCCCAAGUGUAAAUGAAGCAAUUAAAGCAAGAGAACAAAGCUUUUUUGAGUAUGCAAAGCAACAAGCUAAAAGUGAAAAACUACAAGAAAAAGAGAAGCAGCCACAAAACCAGAGUAAGCUAGAUCAGAAUAAACAAGAUCUUGCCAAAGCAAAGGCAGACUAUGAAAGACAAAGUGCAACUAUGCUCUCAGAGCUUCCUUUACUGACCGAUGGCAGACUGGCAUACUUUGAGCCAUCCUUUGAGGCCCUAAUAAGAUCUGAGGCUAUGUUCUACAAUGAAGCUGUCCAGAUUCUUACAGAUCUGACAAGUAGACUGGACCAUUUAUCACAAUCUUUGACUAUUGAAGAACAAGAACAGCAAUUACAACAAAGAUUAGCAGACUUAAAGAGUUURUCUAUCACAGAAGACAGCUAGCAGUGACUGAUGUGCAUUGAAURAAUUAUGAUAUGAUUUCUCAUUUAUAAUAUGGUUGAAUAAAAUUGUGCAAUUUGAUGGGCUUA